CUGACCAAGAUUCAAAGUCAAAUCCAACUCUCGACUGGUUUGCCUUCGAGACUCGUAUCAGGAAGGUUCUGCAUGAACUUCUAGAGCCAACUGCUGAAAGGUCACUUAAGACAAAAGAAAAUGUUGAAGAAGUCAAGGCUGAGAACUAAGCUCCUAACCAGGAAAAUAGAAGAGCUUGAAUUCAUCUUACACAAGUCACACAAAAGGUCAACUUUGUUCGACAAUGUCAACAAGAGGCUGAUCGAGAAUGAUUCCAGAAGGAAAGUUCUUGAAAGCAGACUCAACAAGGAAGUCAAUAAAAUGAAUGGAGAGACCACUCUGAUCAAUGAGAAACUCAGCAUUAUCAAUGAAGAAGUCUCUACUGUCAACUCCAGAAUCAUUGAGCACCAAAGCAAGGCUGAUGAGUUACAGAAACGCUUUUCUGAAGACAAGAAAGACAUCACUUUCAAACUUCAGAUCGAUGACCUGAAGAACCAACUUGAAGCAAUUGGCGAGUGGAAGAGUAGAGUAGAUGAGCUUUUGACACAUCAUCAACAAGACAUCUCAAGACAUGGAGUUUCAAUUGAAAAAGCAAGGAGCAACAUCGAUGAGUUCCAGACUCUUCUGACCAAAGAUUAUGUUAAAAAUGCUGAGCUCAAAUCUGUUUCUGAAAGUUUGGAACAAAAGUUGACUACUUGAAGUAAGGCAGCUGAAGAUGUCAGUAGUAAGUUGACAUCCACUGAGAAUUACAUUGAGAAGUAUUUGCCUGUUAAAGUGCACAAGUUCAUUGUCAGUUCACUUAGAAAUGUGUUUGAAAGCAAGAGAGAACUCCGUAAGCUCAAAGAUUAUGAAGCCAAAAGAGAUUGGCUUUUCAAGCAGGAGCUUCAAAAUGAUACUGGAAUUCCAAGUGAUUUCAAAACGAGUGUAUACGAAGAAAACCCUCGCAAACUCAAGAAGGUAAAGCUUUCUUCAAAAACGAAGAAGUUUAAAAUUGGGACUUUGAGGAGAGAAGGCAAAAUGGAUAGUUUCACUUCAAAUGGUACUACCUCUAUGAAAGGAUCACCAAAAUAAAAAGUCAUACAAGAAAUCGAGGAGGAAAGAAAGCAGUGUAAUCUCAUACAAGAAAUCAAGAAGGAAAGAAAGCAGUGUAAUCUCACACAAUAGCUCCCAAUUCUCAGUCAAGAAAGAUCCGGAUGAACCCUCAAGAAUGUAUAAUCUCAACAAGAGAGUAGCAUCUCAAAUGGUGGAGAGUAAGAAUGAAAGUAUAAUUGUACCUCAACACACAGUCUAUCAAUAUCCUUCAAUAGAAGUUAAUGAUCCAACUCUCGUAGACAAGACAGAGAGACAAAGCGUCGAAAAAGAAGUCCCAGUCAGUUCGAAAGUACUCACGACAAUCCGAGAUGAACUCAAAGCUGAAGAUGUUCCUGUCUCUGCUCACGAAGUGAAGUCUCAAGAUUUCAGAAAAAAUGAAAUCGAAGUUCACACAAACAAUGAGGAAGUCAAAGCUGAAGAAAGACUGCCUUCUGAGUCUCCACUUGAUUUCCAAGAGUCUGAAGAGCCAGAAGAGCCAGAAGAAGACAUUCAUGAUGAAUACUCUUCCCAAGAAGAGCGUGAACAUGAGCCUGUCAUUGAAGAUAAUGAGUUCACUUCAGAAGAAUCUUCAAGCGAAUUUGAAAAUUCUGAAAGUGAAUCUGAAGAAACUGACUCAAUUAACAGGAGAGUCAGAUCAAGAACAGAACUAGUCUCAAUGACUGCUAUUGAUGAACAGUUCGUAAAGUUUCUGACAGACAUGUCAAAUAGCAUCAAAGGACUUCAGGUAAAAACUGAAAAAAUUAGUAAUGGCCAAAUGGAGUUUGAGGACAAUUUCUCAAAGUCUCUUCAGAAGAACUUUAAAGAUAUCACACUUAAGGUCCGGAAUGAUCUAGUUGAACAGAAAGAUUACAUAAAUGCUCUGCACACAGAUGUCAAUGAGUCUAUCAAACAAUCCAAAAGGGAUAGAUCAGAUACAUAUCUUGAUCUUCAGACUCUCAAACAAAAGAUACAAUCUGUGCAUAACAAUAAUGCAAAGACCGAGGAUUAUUUGAUGAGAACUACCUCUUCAUAUAUGAAUAUUCUUGAAAGCAUCAAGACACACCUGUACUUGCUCAAACAGAAAGACCUUCAUGAGUUUGAAGCAAAGCUGUACGGCAAACAAGAAAAGCCUUAUGUUGCAGCUGAAGGAGACAUUCUCAAUUUACAAAAGAAAUCUCAAAAUGCUCAAACCACAGAGGAAAUGACCAUAAACUAUGAAGCUGAAGGACUCGACUUGCAGCUCAUCAGGCUCGAUCAGUUGCUAAAUGAAAACAAUUCAUUAUUGGAAGAAAAGCUUAAGAACGAGUUUGAUGUAUAUGAAGAAAGAAAUGCCUUGCUUUCGUCUGUGCGUAAGAAGUCAAAACUGCCAGCGUCAGAUUCCAUGAAAAGACUGCGCUCAGCUAAAAUGCGGAAGGAUGCCAUGUCUCCAGGGUUAAAGUCAGGUAAAGGCCAUCAAACUAGCUCAAAACCCAGAGAUAGCACAAUUUCAAAGUUGCCAGCAUUCGGUCCAUUUAAAAGUUCAGAUAACAAGUAUCACCAAUCUCAUAUCCAAAACCAAAGUUUCAAUGACAGAAAAAUUUUGACGAACAAGAGUAUGAGAUGGACAGACCAUUUCUCUCCAGAAAGAGGCCAAAACUUUAAAAGCAAGAACAAGACCACCAUUCUGACUCUGAACCCUCCCAAGCACCGGAGAGUUGAGUCAGCCAUUGGGAGAAGAACAGUUGUCAAUUAUUAAAUUUCACACACAAAAUAUCAACCUGU